UACAUAAAAAGUCGGCAUUGCUUGAAUUAUGUAUAUCAACAAAAUAUCACUCUUAAGCUUUAAUUAAGUUUCCGAAAGUAAGACUUUCUAUAAUAAUCAAUUUUUUUUGUUGUUAAACCAUUAUAAAACAGAAUACAAACAAGAUGAUUACUGAUGUACAAUUGGCUGUAUUUGCGAAUGUGUUAGGAGUUGGUUUAUUCUUAUUAGUUGUUCUAUACCACUAUGUUACUGCAAAUUUUCCAUCAAAAUCAUAAAGAUAAAUGAAAUGGCAAUGAAAUUUGGCAAAACAAAUAGAAAAUAUGAUGGUAUUGUAUAAAUUAUAAAAUACUACAAUAUAAUAAUUUAUCCAAAUUAAAUGUAAUAAGUUCUUAUAUAUAUUUAUAAACCAUACCUUAAAAUGGAAAGAAAAAUUUGUGUAAAAUGUUGAUCAAUUUUAUUUUUUUUUUUUACAAUCGUUCCAUAUUAAAAAUAUAUUUAUAGGAUAUUUAUUAAAAAUUAUUUUACAUUAAU